AUGGGAUGCCAGGAGUGCUCGAACAUUGCCUGGGCAUAUGCGAUGCUCCAACUUUUCCACGGGCCGCUACUCGUUGCUCUGCAGAACUUUGCCUUCAAAGCAAUGCCAUCCUUUGACUCACAGGCCGUCUCAAACUUGGUCUGGGCAUUCGCGAAACUUUUGAUACUGGAUGAGCCGCUCAUGGCCUCGAGCGCGCUGCGUUUUGCCGAGUGCAUGCUGGAGUCAACUCCGCAAAACCGAUCUUACCAACACGACCUGGGCGCUUGCCGUGCUGCAUUCCAGAAGCACACGAUCCAUUUGUGCAAGCGGCAUCCUGAGGCGCCGUUGCUACAUGAGUUUGCGGCGGAGUUUGUGCUGAAGGUGGAUGCCAUCAUGCAAGGCGCCCACCGGACCUUAGCCUCCAAAACGCAGUUUCGGUGGGCCUUUGCUUAUACCAGCACUUUGUCACCAGGGCUGCGCUGGGCACUUAUGCAGAGGCUUUCGAGCAUUGGGGCGCGGGUGGACCGAAUCACUUCACAGAUGCCACCACAGACAGUUGUGGCUCCGCGUCACUUGUGCGCAGCCCUGCCGAGGGUUCUUGUCAAUGCUCGUGGUAUGGCGGUGGUAUUCAAACCGCCAGGAUGGGAAGUAGACGGGCCACACAGUGAGCCUGGCAGCCAGUCAUUUCUAUCUGACUUUGUCAGGCAAGAAUUUCCGUUACAUUACUUGCCAACUUUACCCGAGUUCCAGUAUGGCUUCGUUCAUCGACUUGACGUGCCGAGCUCUGGCUUGAUUUUGGUUGGAAACACUUUUGAAGGCCUGUAUUCGUUGCGCUUGCAGAUCAACACCUUCUCCAUCUCCCGUGAGUAUGCAGUACUUUGUCAUGGCACGACGCCGGCUUCAUUCACAGAGUGCAACAUCCCAAUAGACUUGGUUGCCCGUCGCAGCCUUACCGGCUCCCAAGAGUCAAGUGACCGCGGAAGUGUCGCUUUGACUUGGUUCAAGUUCAUGAUGCAUGGUCGUGUCGAGUGGAGACAGCUAAGCCUUGCAUCAAUCCGCAUACAUACAGGCAGGGGUGGGAGACUCCUUUAG